AUGUCAAAACGUCCCCGGAAUACGUUACUUAAUUAUUUUAAAUCAAACAACUCAACUGAAGAAGAAACAAAUCAAGAUGUAGAGAUAGAAAGUGAAGAUGGGAAUGAUGCAAGUAGAUUACCGCAAAUAUCUAAACAACCCUCUAAGUAUAAGCGUGUUGAUUUGAGCAACCUGCUUGCUGACCCAGGCUUAAGGAACAAAAUUACUGAUUACCAUAUAAAUGAUCAGAUUGAGAUAAGGAAAUAUUAUGUUUUACAAGAACCUUUUCAACCUCGUAAACAUGAUUUUCCUCAAAGAAUCAUAGGGGGAUCGAAACGUCGUUUUAAUCCAGAUUGGUAUGAUACUUAUGGUGAUUGGUUGGAGUACAGUAUUGUGAAAGACGCAGCUUAUUGUCGAUAUUGCUAUUUGUUUAAGUCUGAUGAUUCUCAAAAAGGAGGAGGUGAUGCUUUUGUUACUGUUGGGUGGUCAUCUUGGAAUAAAAGAGAAAGAUUGGAUAUCCAUGUGGGUGAAUGUGGUAGUUCUCAUAAUCAAGCAUACACUAUGUUUGAAACUUUAAAGAACGAAGUAAAAACUGUCAAGGACAUGUUCAAUGUUUUUAGUGAUAAGGAGAAGGAGGAUUAUCGCAAUCGCUUAGAAGCUACAGUCGAAUGUAUAAAAUGGCUUUUGCGAAUGGGUUUAGCCUUUAGAGGGCAUAAUGAGUCGACAGAUUCAAAAAAUCGGGGUAAUUUUGUUGAACUUUUGAAAUUUCUAGCAAAUAAUAAUGAAGAUAUUGAUAAAGUUGUUCUUGAAAAUGCUCCAAAAAAUUUGCAAUUAGUCUCCCCUGAGAUUCAAAAAGAUAUUGUUCAUGCUUGUUCUCGAUUGACAGUGAAGGCCAUUAUGGAAGACCUUGGAGAUGACAUUUUUGGUAUCUUAGUUGAUGAAUCACGUGAUGUUUCAAUUAAGGAGCAAAUGGCUAUAGUAUUGCGUUAUGUUGAUCACAAGGGUAUCGUGACAGAGAGAUUUUUAGGUAUUAUACAUGUACCCGAUACCACAGCUUUGACACUAAAGGCAGCCAUUGAUUUAAUCUUGUCAGAAAAUGGUUUGACUGUAUCAAGAAUCCGUAGGCAAGGUUAUGAUGGAGCCAGUAAUAUGCAAGGCGAGUUUAAUGGAUUAAAAACAUUGGUUUUAAAAGAAAAUAAAUCAGCAUUUUCCAUCCCUUGUUUUGCACACCAACUUCAAUUGACACUUGUGGCAGUGGCAUCAAAACAAGGUGAUAUUGCUUCAUUUUUCAGUCUAGUAUCAUGA